AUGAUGCGCCACGACCACAACAGAAUCGACCCCAAGCGGCGAAACGUUGUCGACCACCGCAAGAAGCAGUUUGCAACGCCCCAGUUCAAGGACACGCAGUAUCCCCACCGCCUGAACUUUUACGCAGAUGCGCCCACAGCAGAUAUUACGCUCGAGCAGUUCGAGCAAUGGGCCAUUGAUCGACUUAGAGUUCUGGCCGAACUCGAGGCCUGCUCCUUUCGCAAUCGAUCGCCAGCCGAGACGGCAUCCCACAUGAAGUCCAUUCUCGACAAAUAUCUUCCACUCGACUCCAACAGCUCCAGCAACACAAAGAUCUUCUCACAGCGGCAGAAGGACCACUACAGCCAUUUCAUCCUGAGACUAGCCUUCUCUUCUACGGAAGACCUACGGCGGAGAUUCUCUCGAGUUGAGACGAUGCUCUUCCGGAUGCGAUUCAAUAGCGAUGAUUUGAACGAACGGUCUGCAUUCGUAUCUGGCUUGGAUCUCGACUGGUGGGAGCCGGUGACGGAGGAUGAAAAGGUUCGAUAUGGCGUCGAACUCGCGGCCAUGGUCAGCGGAAAGAAGAUGAAUAGCGAAGACAACACUUGGUUUAAAGUGGACUGGGAGCGAGUGCCUGACUUGGUAGAGAGCAGACGAGUAUUCUUGAAGGCUGGAAAGGCAUAUGUGCCCGGGCGAGAACAGUCGAGUAUGGUAGUAGCGGAAUUCACGAGCCGGCUUGACAGGCAACUAGAGCUUACGGCGCGAGCUCUGCCGCGGCUAGACGAAGACGACAGGUUAACGCCAAUUCUAAACCAUCUCUCCAAAAACUUCAUCACUCCCGACUCGGCUUACAUGUCUGGAUCAACGGCACCCGCUGGAGCUCAGAUCUCGGCUGCCAACAUUGAUAACCUUUCACAGCAUUUCCCCGCCUGCAUGUCCAACUUGCAUCGAUCAUUGCGUCGCGAUGCUCAUCUCAAGCACUACGGCCGUCUUCAGUACACUCUAUUCCUCAAGGGCAUUGGCCUAAACUUGGAAGAGUGCCUCAUGUUUUGGCGGAGUGGCUUCCACAAGGUCACAGACGACACAUUCAACAAGGAAUACCGAUACAAUAUUCGCCACGCUUACGGCGAAGUGGGCGGAGAUUCAAAUCGACGAGGUGGCGGCUACAGUCCGUUUAGCUGUCAGAAGAUUCUUACUGAGCACCCCCCUGGGCCUGGCGAGGCUCACGGCUGCCCGUAUCGGCAUUUCAAUUUGGACAAUUUGAAUGCUUUGGUGCAGGCCAUGGGGGUAUCAGAUCGGUCGGUGCUGCAGGGGGUAAAAGAGGAUAAAGAUAACCAAAAGUUCCACAUGGCAUGCAACCGGGUAUUUGAACACUUGCACAAGGCCGAGAUAAAAAAGGCCAAGGACGAGGGUGUUAUGACGUCCAAUCAGCUUGAGACGAUUGUCCACCCCAACGAGUACUUCAAAAGAAGCUACCUGCUGAAGAAUCUUGGCAAAGAGACUGAUGUGAAGAUGGAGGGCUAA